AAACUCUUUCUCUCUCUUCAACGAAACCAACUCAAUCACCCUCUUUGUCUCUUUUCAACGCUUACUGCUUCAGUUUUUGACCUAGAUUCUGUAAAUUUGUCGAAAAUCAGGUUGAAUUUGGCAAGGUUUUGGUACCAAUUUAAAUAUAAAUGUAAAUUAUGCAGAAUUCAGAGUAAAAUCUGUGUAGAUAAAGGUAAAUUUUGUAAAUUCGAUUUCAACUUCAUUGCGAUUUUGGUAUAAAUUCGUGGCGAUUUUAUUUAGAGCAAAUUUCUAGGUUUAUUGAUUUUUUUUUGAAAUUUUAUUCAGAUUCUUAAACAAUUAACUCCUAAAAUUUCAGGAAAGAAUGUCCCAAAAGUAAUUGUAAUUUGUGUUUUAGGUUGAUUUUGGUUAAUACAGGUAUGUUGUUUUUUGACUGAUUUUGCACAAUGAUUGUUCGUGGAACACAUUUUUUGCUUUUUUCUUUUUGUUCGGUUUUUUUGCAGGCAAAAAUGAAGGAAGGAUUUGAAACUGCAGCAAAAGCCUCACAAAGCGCCGCUUUUACAAGCUUCUUUGCAAUUCCCUGCCACGCACACAACAAAUUCUUAUUACAUGCUUUCACUCAAGAGUCAGAGUAAAAGACAACAUAAAUACUAAGAGUAUCUGAUACUGACUGACUAGCAUGAACUACUUACUUCUUUUCUGAGUUUUUUAUUAAUCCAAAAUGGAAAGACUCUUUGACGUGGGUUUGUGACCUUAGCAGAACCGUUUAAGUUGAUGCCAGUCUGAUUGUUCGAAGCAGUGUAUGAUCAGUUUUACUAUGGCAAACAACAAUCAAAACAUCAUCAUGGGUUCUGAGCUUAUGGUCAAGCUGAACCUAACAAAUUUUCUUGAAUGGGAAGCUAAGCUAGUUGAAAUAGUCAGAUUCAAUGGACUUGAGUAUGUACUGUUACAUCCCAUGCCAAGCUACUAUGCUAGAGACAUGACCCCUGAAAGAUUUUCCGCCUGGGAUGCGGACCUCAAAAAGGUUAUGAGUCUCAUGCUGAACAAUAUCCCUGAUGAAUGGGCUAGAAGGUUUGUAGCUUAUGAACCUUUCACGCUCAUCAAGAAUCUGAGGGAUAUCUGUCGUGGAAGCACGGAGGACAGGGACCUGAACGUCCAUGAGUUGAUUGAAUCAAUGUAUGGUCUAAAGGUUAGUUCUCCAAACAGGUGUUAUAGGAUGGAGGUCCAAGAAAUACAUGUUCAACUCCUUCGCACUAAACAAAGGGUAGGCGUCCCACUAAGGUUUCAUGUGGAUCUUAUGCUUUCAUAUUUUGAUCGCCUAAAUCUGCUAGGAACACCAAUAAGCGAAAGGAUGGCAGUCUCUAUCUUGCUCAAUUCAUUGCACAAUGGGUUUGGUCGCUUCAAGCAACUAUACCUAAGUGAACCAAGAGAAGAAACAGUUGCAGAAUUUAUUCACCUUGUCAGAAAGGCUGAGAUAAUACUGGACUGUGAAGCCAAAGAUUUACUCAAGGCUAAAAGGAUACCGUUCAAGAAAAGUGGAAAGUCCAAGGGCGCAAUGCUAAAUCAAAGCAGGACAAGUCCAUAUCAAGCUGUCUUUAUUGUGAUGGAAUAGGCCAUUACAAAAGAGAAUGUCCAAAGCUAAAGGAAGAUCAGAAGAACGGAACAGUAGUUCCAUCUUCAGGGACUAAGAAGAAGUAGAAAGUUAAGCAAGGGUGAAGUCGACCUACGAGUGGGAAAUGGAGCACGGAUUGCUGCAUUAGCUGUAGGAACUUAUUAUUUGUCGUUGCCCUCUGGGCUAGUUUUGGAACUGGAAGAGUGUUUCCAUGUUCCUAGUCUUACUAAAAACAUCAUUUCUGUUUCUUCCUUAGAUGCUAAGGGAUUUUCCUUUUUAAUAAAAGACAAUAGU